GAGCGAUCUGGAGACGUUCGUUGGUCCUAGCAGAGUCGGGCCGCGGCGAAGCCACGCCCCCUCGGCCUCACAGCCGCCUGGUUUGGUUGCGUUGCGGCUGGGAAAGGAGACGCUGCCCUUCCGCAGCGAUGGGAUCCCGGCUCUGUGGAAGGACCUGUUAUGUGUGCCCCUGUCCUGCUGGCGUGUGGAUGGUGCCCAGGGCCCAGCCAGAGACCAGUUGAAGACGUUCUCCUUGGAAGCUCUUACCCCCAGAGUUCCCUCCUUGGGUGCUAGACCUGCCAUGGCGUUCCGUCGGACUGAGGGUAUGUCCAUGAUCCAGGCUCUAGCCAUGACGGUGGCUGAGAUACCCGUGUUCCUGUACACGACGUUUGGUCAGUCUGCCUUCUCCCAACUGCGGUUGACACCAGGCCUGAGGAAGGUUCUUUUUGCCACAGCCCUUGGGACUGUGGCCUUGGCCCUGGCUGCCCACCAGCUGAAGAGACGUCGACGGAAGAAGAAGCAGGUGGGCCCUGAGAUGGGAGGUGAGCAGCUGGGCACAGUACCCCUGCCCAUCCUCAUGGCCCGCAAGGUCCCUUCAGUGAAGAAAGGCUACUCCAGCCGGAGGGUUCAGAGCCCCAGUAGCAAGAGCAACGACACUCUGAGCGGCAUCUCCUCCAUCGAGCCCAGCAAACACUCAGGCUCCUCCCACAGCCUGGCCUCGAUGGUAGUGGUCAAUUCAUCCAGCCCCACAGCUGCGUGCUCAGGUUCCUGGGAAACCAGAGGGAUGGAGGAGUCUGUGCCUACCACAGAUGGCAGUGCCGAGAGCCUCUAUGUACAAGGCAUGGAGCUCUUUGAGGAGGCUCUGCAGAAAUGGGAGCAGGCUCUGAGUGUAGGCCAGAGGGGGGAUGGAGGCGGCGCCCCCACCCCGGCGGACAGCGUCCAGAACCCAGACACCGCGUCAGAGGCGCCGUCAGAGGGCCUGGGAAUUGAACUCAGAUUGUCAGCCUUGGAGCCAGAGUCGCAACGGAGGGAGUUUGCCGAGAAGCUGGAGUCCCUGCUGCACCAGGCCUACCACCUGCAGGAGGAGUUCGGCUCCACCUUCCCCUCCGACAGCAUGCUGCUGGACCUCGAGAGGACCCUCAUGCUGCCCCUGACUGAGGGCUCACUGCGUCUGCGGGCCGAUGACGAGGACAGCCUGACCUCGGAAGACUCCUUCUUCUCAGCCACUGAGCUCUUUGAGUCCCUGCAGGUCGGAGAUUACCCGCUCCCUCUCUCCAGGCCUGCUGCUGCCUACGAGGAGGCGCUGCAGCUCGUGAAGGAGGGGAAAGUACCCUGCCGGACACUCAGGACAGAGCUGCUGGGCUGCUACAGUGACCAGGACUUCCUGGCCAAGCUGCAUUGUGUACGGCAGGCCUUUGAGGGUCUUCUAGAAGAGAGGAACAACCAGAUCUUCUUCGGGGAGGUCGGCCGGCAGAUGGUGACAGGCCUGAUGACCAGGGCUGAGAAGAGUCCCAAAGGCUUCCUGGAGAGCUAUGAGGAGAUGCUGAGCUACGCCCUGCAGCCCGAGACCUGGGCCACCACCCGGCUGGAGCUGGAGGGCCGAGGGGUGGCAUGCAUGAGCUUCUUCGACAUCGUGCUGGACUUCAUCCUCAUGGACGCCUUCGAGGACUUGGAGAACCCCCCGUCUUCGGUGCUCGCUGUCCUGCGGAACCGCUGGCUGUCCGACAGCUUCAAGGAAACGGCCCUAGCCACUGCCUGCUGGUCUGUCCUGAAAGCCAAGAGGAGGCUCUUGAUGGUGCCGGAUGGCUUCAUCUCCCAUUUCUACUCCGUAUCGGAGCAUGUCAGUCCUGUGCUGGCCUUUGGCUUCCUGGGACCCAAGCCCCAGCUCGCGGAAGUCUGUGCUUUCUUCAAGCACCAGAUUGUGCAGUACCUGAGGGACAUGUUCGACCUGGACAACGUGCGGUACACGUCGGUGCCAGCCCUGGCAGAGGACAUCCUGCAGCUGUCCCGGCGCCGCAGCGAGAUCCUGUUGGGCUACCUGGGGGCCCCAGUGACCAGCAGCAGCACUGGGCUGAAUGGGCCCCUGCCUCGGGAGAACGGGCCCCUGGGAGAGCUGCAGUAAUGGGCACACAGGCUGCAGGGAGAGGUGGCUGCUUGAGCCUCACUCACAAAGGGUGAUGGGAGAGAGAAGGCUGCCCUUCCCUUUAGGUCGGCAUCCGAGGGCCAGGUGGCCAAGGGCCAUUGUCCCUGAGCCUGCUCUACCUCCUCUUCUGGGAAUCCCAACACCCAGAGGACAAAUUUCCAUGGAGAGGAACCACUAGGAACCCUCGGGGCUGCCUGGGAAGCAGAGACAGGCCAGGGACAGUAAGGUGUGGUAAGGGGAAGACAGUGAGACCGGAAGGUGUUAUGGAGAAGGCUCUCUGUAUGGACCACAGAGCCCCAACCCCUCUGGGCUGCAGACAGCACGAGGAGGAUGUCAGUGGGGGACAGGACAUGCAGGGCUAUGUGGUGACAAGUCACAGGGUCCGGGGAUAGCCAGCACCCAGGCUUCUGGCCAGUACGGAAAGCCCCGCCUGGGCUCACAUCUGAGCAGGGAACUAGCCCUUCACAAACCAGGCGCCAACAACCCAGGACCCUGUCCUCCCACAGUCCCAAGCCCUGCCAAAGACUCAGUUCAUACCCCACCUCUGCCACCACCAAAGAUGGAGGAGGUGGCACUGGGCACUUCCUACUAGCCUAUGACCCUGGAGCUCCCUCCCUGGUCAGUGCUGGGCUCCAGCUGAGGGCUCUAACCAGAGCUCACGAAGGCCUAUCCCCUGUGUUACCAUCUGCUGCUCUAGAAGCGAGGACCUAGAAACCGUGGCAAGGAGGGCAGAGGGUGGCAGGAUGCACAGCAGGGCCCCGUCCCCCCCCCCCCCACUUCUGACAAGAAGCUGGACUCAGCACUUUGCCUUCAGCUCCAUGCACACAUACUCUGGAGCUGCACAGAGCCCACCUCCGGCAGCUGCCACCCAGGGGCCCGCAGACAUUCCGUGAGCGUUUGCCGUGGCAGCUGCCCGGGUCCUGGCAGCCCUCUCCUUUCGCUUGAACUGGGAAGUUUUUAUUUAUUGCCUUAACACUUUAUUUGGAUGUUCUGCCCAUCCCAGGUGGUGAGACCUGCGGGAGAAAAGACUCCUGUUCCGGUCUGGAGUUGAGCACUGGCUCUGGGACCUAGUCCCUCUGGAAGGGGCAAGGGCUUCCCAGGGUCGGGAGGAUACAGGGAGGAUAGGGCGGCCAUGGCUCUGGCUGCAGAUCCUCUCAGGCCUCUGCCCAGAAGGGAGCAGCCCUCCGCACUGUCUUGACAUUCCAUUCAUUUGCACUUACCCUGAGCUGUGAAUGUAACCCUGGGCCAAGGCCCACCUGAUUCACCCCUAGAUCCCACAGCAGUGGCGUUUUCAUCUUGUCCUUGUUUAUGUGUUCAUGCACUGGCCUCUAGCACUCAAUCUGUCUCAACUUCCAAACCCUGAUGUAGAGUGUGGGCGACGACUGUGAAUCAGAUAAAUGAUGGAACCGGC